AUGCCUGACAGCUCCUCUCAUCCCUAUUUCCCCCUUGAUGCCAACAUUGUGGGUUAUGAGCCCAACCAAACACCGCUUCUGGAGCUCCUCUUCUCCGCUGGUGGAGCUUGUACUAUUCUCCUCGGUGUGACUUUUGCGUUGGCCAGUUAUGUACGACCGACACUACGCUUGGCAGAUCGAAUCGCCAUCCUGUGGUUUGUGCUCUCCGGAACAUUGCAUUGUUUCUUCGAGGGCUAUUUCAUGGUCCACCAUGACCACAUGGCGUCUGUCCAAGACCUAUUCGGGCAACUAUGGAAAGAAUAUGCCCUGUCCGAUUCCCGAUAUAUGACCUCGGACACGUUGGUCCUCUGCAUGGAGACCAUGACGGUGGUAAGUGGACUAGACCAACACGACGAUUCACCGCUGAUUCAACUCAAGCUUCUGUGGGGACCCCUGUGCUUUGCUGUUGCAUACUUGACCGCAACCAGGCAUUCCCUGCGCCACCCAAUCCAGGUCAUUGUGUGCAUGAGCCAUCUCUACGGCGACACGCUGUACUAUGCGACCAGUCUGUUUGACCAUGCCUAUGGACGGCCGUAUUGUCGACCGGAGCCGUAUUAUUUCUGGCUGUAUUAUUUCUUUAUGAAUUUCAUUUGGAUCGUGGUCCCGUUCUACUACCUGUAUAGCAGCAUCACCACCAUUUCGGCUGCUCUGAAGCGACACGAACGGUCGGCAGAACAUAAGACUAAGUAG